AUGUCCGAGAAUGGACAGCUUUGCCUUCUGGGCGGUUUGGCCACGAGCCGCCGGGGAAGACAGAUGUACAGAAGUUCGGCCCAUUCCCAAAGCCUUCUGGACAGCCUGCUGGGGCUGCGGCAAGCUGGAAUCCUGUCCGACGUCGUGCUUCUAGUGGAGGGUCGAACCAUCCCCGGUCAUCGUGUGCUUCUCGCUGCCUCCUGUGAUUACUUUCGGGGGAUGUUCACAGCAGGCCUCCGGGAAAUGCAGCAGAAUGAGAUCCCAAUUCACGGAGUGUCAUAUUUGGGAAUGAGCAAAAUAAUGGACUACAUCUACACUUCAAAGAUCGAGUUAGACCUGGACUGUGUGCAGGAAGUUCUGAUAGCAGCUACAUUGGUGCAGCUUGAGGAUGUGAUUGGCUUCUGCUGCGAGUUCCUCUUCUCCUGGCUGGAUGAGAGCAACAUAUUGGAGAUCCAUCAUCUUGCUGAUGUCUAUGGACUGCAGCAGCUCAAGGCCAGAGUCCACGCUCACCUCCUGAGCAACCUCCAGGCUUUGUCCCGUACAGACGUUUACAGACAGUUCCCCGAAAAGGAAAUAUUCCAAGUACUGAGUAGCGAUGAGCUGGAAGUGCAAAGUGAAAACGAAGUGUAUGAGGCAGCGCUUCACUACCACUACAGUCCUGAGCAGGUGGAGAGUGACCAAGUGUACUUGCAGGACCAUCUUGAGAUGCUAGAUGCUGUGCGCUUCUGCCUAAUGGAGAAACAAACACUAAAGAGGUUACACAACAAACUUGAGCAGUGCCCGCUAAAAGAAGCCGUGUCCGCUGCUCUCCAUUACCACGAGCACGAGAUAUGGCAACCUGUUCUUCAGAGUCCUCUCACACAGCCUCGUUCUACCUUCCACUGUAUUUUGGCCUUUGGAGGGAUGUUCACGUCUCCGUCUCAUAUGGACAUCGAACACAUGUUCCAGGUAUUCCACCCCAGCUGGAAGGAGUGGAGAACUCUUAAUGCAGCCAAUAGUCCUCGAAUGUCCAACCAGGGAGUUGCUGUCCUAAACAAUUUUGUGUAUCUUAUUGGUGGAGACAGAAACACCAGUGGAUUUCGUGCAGAGACCCGUUGCUCCAGAUAUGACCCUCGUCACAACACUUGGUGCGCUAUCAAGCCGUUGCAGCAACAGCACGCGGAUCACUGCGUGUGUGUGGUGGGCGGCCAUAUUUACGCCAUCGGAGGUCGAGACUACAGCAAGGACCUCCACUCGGUGGAGCGCUACGACCCGCACACCAACACCUGGGAGUUUGUGGCCCCUCUCACCAGAGAGGUUUAUGCUCAUGCUGGAGCUGUGCUAGAUGGCAAAAUUUACAUUACCUGUGGACGCAGAGGGCGGGCAUACCUGAGGGAGACCAGUUGUUUUGACCCGGCAGCCAACCAGUGGACAUUCUGUGCGGACGGGCCGCUGGGGCGAGCGUGGCACGGAAUGGCUGCUGUGAACGGACGCCUGUAUGUCAUUGGGGGAAGCAAUGAUGAGCAUGGCUACCGGAGGGAUGUCUUACAGACUGCAUGCUUUGAGCCCUCAGACAACUCUUGGACCUUACUGAGCCCACUCCCCGCCGGCCACGGGGAACCCGGUAUAGCAGUACUGAACGAUCGCAUUUACGUGCUGGGAGGUCGCUCUCAUAACAAAGGCGACCGCAUGAAAUACGUUCACGUGUUCAACCCCGACGCCGACGAGUGGGAGAGCGACACGCCGUUUAAGGACCGCGUCUCGGGUCUGGCGGCCUGCGUGGUGCUCAUGCCGCCAGCUGUGAUGGAGCUCGCCAACAGCUUGGAGCAGAAUCUCAAGGCAUCGUUGCUUGAUGAACUACUCAGUUCACAGACAAGCACGGAUGAAGACUAA